AUGGCUCAAUUUGAAGUCGCCACGUCACAAUUGGAAUGUAGCCAACAUUCGACAUGCGAAGAAUGCGCAUCGCAAAUCGAUAAUGACUAUAAUUGCCGAUGGUGCUUCACCAGCCAAUCCUGCGUUCCUUCCAAAUACAUGUGCCAUCCUUGGAAAACCGUUCUGGAUCGGAUCAAUUGUCCACGGGAUAUUCCAAAUACGUACAAUGAUAGUUUCAACAGAAAUAUUAUUGCAUAUUACAUUCAAGCAGCAAAUCGAGUUCCCAUAUAUUCUCCAUAUGAGGCUGUAAUUGAGGAAGCGCUUUCAUGUCUUCGAAAAACCGGCGAAAAAACUGAAAUUCUAUCGCGUGUUGAAGUCCCAAUGUCGAUUGAUGGGAACAAAAUUAGUUAUCUAGUGGCCGUCAAUCGCGAUUUCGGGCACAUUGUAGUGGCCGUGACGGCCACAAAUCAUUUCACGCAGCUAAUGGCUCAAACCGCCACCGUGUUUCUAGCAAUGAUGGACGAGAUUGCGUUGGGCGGAAAAGUGAUGACAUAUUAUGCGCAAGGCUAUCAAUCAGUCAUCAACAAUAAUUUCAAUGAGAAAUUGGCAAAUGCCAUCGAGAAAUUUCCAGAUUUCGAGAUUUUGUUAACUGGACACUCACUUGGAGGAGCAAUGGCUACAAUACUCUCGCUUCAUGUGGCUAGAAGCUUCCCGAACAAACAUGUCAAAUUGUGCACAUGGUCAGCGCCGAGGAUCGGCGAUGUCGAAUUCGCGAAAUUGCACAUGGAAAAUGUCCACGAGUCAUAUCGAGUUGUACGCGAUGGAGAUUUUGUGCCGGAUUCGCCAAUGAGAGUCUCGCAAAAUUAA